UUUGUGGAACUGUGAGAGAGAGAUGAUGAAUUCAAGCUGUGUUUCAGGGUGUUUGGAGGCCCAAGCCCCCAUUAAAGUGAGCUUUGUGAAGCUCUACCAAUGGCCACAAGCAGAUGCAGAGUUUGUGAAGCUCAUAGCCCAAAACAAGGAGAGUUUUGCAGGCAAAAGGAGGGAAAAUGGAAGCCAUGAGAGCUUUGCUUGCAGGCAAAAGUACCUGAGAAGCUACACCUUUAGCAAGAACGAGAGUUUAAGAGAGAGAACCAAGAAAUGGUUUUUGGAGAGGAAGGAGAUGAUGAGAGAGAUCAGAGUUUUUGAAGUUAUCUUUGACUGCUUGUUCUCUUGCAUAGCCAGGGUGGACGUUAUAGAGUAUCGACUCGCCAAAGGCUCGAGCUUGAGUCCCCUUGUCGCACUGGAGCGAGUCUAAGCCGGA